CUUCCUUGGAGGUGAAGUGCAUUAGUGCUUAAAUAAUUAACUAAGCAUCAAUCGAAUAUGGCGAAAAGCCCUGAACCCGGUGUUAAAACUUUCGACGAAGCAGUUUCGCUUACAGGUAUAGGAAAAUUCAAUUUAUUUGUCCUAUUGGCGACUGGGGGCUCUUUGAUGUGCGUCAUAAUAGAGACGAUGAGCGCAAUGUUCGUAACACCGGCAGCUCAAUGUGACUUAAAUCUAAGUUUAGGUCAAAAAGGUCUACUGUACUCCAUAAGUUUUUUCGGAGUAGUGUCGGGCUCAUUUUUAUGGGGCUACUUGGCUGACACGAAAGGACGAAAAUUAGUGACGAUUAUUUCGUUAAUUACCAGCUCAAUUAUUAGUAUAAUUGGUAGUUUUGUAUCAACAGUAUGGUUGUUUAUAUUGUUGAGGUAUCUUAAUGGGUUUUUUGUAGGCGGUUCUUCUGCAAUUAUUUAUGCAUACGCAGGAGAAUUCCACGAUAAUAAAUGUCGACCGAAAGUCGUCUCUUGGAUAGCGACAUUCGUAGCGUUCGGUAAUAUUUACCUACCGGGAUUAGCUUGGGUUAUCCUCCCGCAGGAAUGGUCCUUGAAUCUACCGUUCGAUAUAUAUUUCAGACCAUGGAGGCUUCUAAUAAUAAUAUACUCCUUGCCGAGCUUGGUGUUUUUAAUUUUGGUAAUUUUCCUGCCGGAAAGUCCUAAAUAUCUAAUGGCUCAAGGGAAACAUCAAGAAGCUUUUGAAAUCCUGCAGCUUAUAUUUACAGUAAACACCGGCAAAAAACGCGAAGAAUACCCGGUUAAAAAAAUCCUGUGGGAAGACGAAGGCAAUGUUAACCACAAAGCGAACGAAAGCGUGCUCAAUUCAAUUUGGGAACAAUUCGUACCGCUGUUCAAGAAGAGAUUCAUUUUGAAAACUUUCAUGGUCUGUUUUCUGCAAUUCGCCAUAUUUUUAUCGAGUUCCGCUGUUAUUAUGUGGUAUCCCGAAAUUUUGAAUAGCAUGACCGAAUUGGGCAAAAAAUUACCAGAUAAUGAAAUCACCUUGUGCAAAGCUGUUUUGUACAGCGAUGAUACCGAUGAUGUUACUCUCGAUAAUUUUUACGUCGAAUCAGCUUUAAUCAAUUAUCAAAAUAGAACAUCCAGGGCCAUUAUGUCAAAAGUUUGCAAUGAUAAUGUUAACGAAGAAGUGUUUCUAACUUCGUUAGUGAUUGGUUGUUGUUACGCGAUCUGUUAUAUUACUAUUGGAUCAGUAAUAAAUAUAAUAGGAGCCCGUAAAUUGCUGAGCGGCUUCAUUUUAUUUACCACAAUCUCGGGGAUUUGCGCUCAGAUGUUGAACAGUUACCUUUACAUACAAGUUGCUUUGUGUAUAUUUUUAAUGGCAGCUACAGGGGUAGGAAUCGUGAAUGCUAUAGUAGUGGAUUUAUAUCCCACUCAAAUUAGGGGUAUGGCUCUUGCUGUGUCCCUGAUGUUUGGAAGAUUUGGCGCCAUGACCGGAUCAAAUGCUAUCGGGCCUAUAUUAUUCAAUUUUUGCGAUUAUUUGUUUUAUGCUAUUGCUGCUUUACAUGCAGUGGUUAUUAUCGUGAUUAUUCUUCUACCAACGAACAAAUCUACACCACAAAAUACAAAAGAAAUAAGUUGAUAAUAAUAAUUUAAUAAAAGAAUUUUUACAAAACAAUUAUUUAUUAUUUAACCUAAACAUAUUAUCAAGUUUUAAAUAACUUGAACUUCUUAAAAUACUUCUGUACAUCAUCCUUAAUGUAAGGUUUACAAACUAAACACGUAGGUAUGUUUUCGGGUUGUUCUAUCCACAAUUUGUACUUAAUGCCGUUUUCUUCGAGUUUGUCUUUUAACGACACUAGGGCUUUUUCAUCUGGAGCUUCUAGUACUACUUUAUGCAUGUUAUCCGUGUCUUUUAAAUAUUCCUGAGUUAUUUCGUCUUGAUAAAAAAGGUGUAUAGCUGCAGUUACAGCAUGACAGGCUUGCGCUAUAAGCGCCCCGACGGGCCAUUCUAAUUGCUUUAGUAGAUCUCCACGCACAACAACAUAUUGAACAAUAUUAGAACUCAUAUUUAAAAAAUUAAUGAAACUUUUUCAUA